AUGAUAAAUGAGUUUGGAGUCAAAAUUCGUGGAGAAUACGAAAAGAUUUCAGCCGAUUGUUCAGGAACUCUUCUUGAUCGUUGGCUUUCAAGGCAGCGGUUAAAAAUGAUAAAUGAGUUUGGAGUCAAAAUUGGUGGAGAAGACGAAAAAAUUUCAGCCGAUUUUUCAGGAACUCCUCCUGAUUGUUGGCUUUCGAGGUUUUUAAUCAACAUGGGAGAGGAUGCACAUGCUAAAGUCUACAAGCCAUCUAUCGCUCUUGUAGCUUUAUUUUCCAACCAGGUUCGAUGGAGAAAUCAACAUCACUAUAGGCUCAUAAUUUUCACUUGCAAUUGUGGUAUAUGUAGCCCACCAACCAGGUUCCACGUUACCUCUGAUAUGAAAUUUUAA